CUCAUGUGACCAAGGACUAAGAGCAUAUGCAAAACUAAGGAGUCUAAGUGUAAAUACUUCAAAGAUAAAGGCAUGCAAGCGCAAUUUCUCCAAUAUAUAUACCCACUCACCAACUUGCAAAAUCCACACCCAAAACUCACUCCAAGUCUAAGUACCAGUUAUGGAGGCUUUACACUUCACCCUUCUCUUACUUUGCUCCUUGACCCUAGUUCACUCGAUAAGCCCAAAUUGUUACUCAUCUAGCCAAGGCUCAACCCUCAGGGUCUACCAUGUCUCGAGCCCAUGCUCACCAUUUAGACCAAAGACACCACUCUCAUGGGAGGAGAGUGUGCUUCAAAUGCAGGCCGAUGACAAAACCAGGCUCAGUUUCUUGACGAGCCUGGUUGCUGGCCGGUCUUUUGUGCCUGUUGGGUCGGGCAGACAAAUCAUUCAGAGCCCGACCUACAUUGUCAAGGCCAAUAUCGGCACACCGGCUCAAAGUCUGCUUAUGGCUUUGGACACCAGCACCGAUAUGGCUCUGAUUCCUUGCGCCGGAUGUGUCGGUUGCUCAUCCGCCACCUUUGACUCUACCAAGUCAAUUAGCUACUCUUCACUUGCUUGCGGUGCCGAUCAAUGCAAACAAGUACAAAGUACGGGUUGCCUCGGGACGACAUGUUCCUUAAACAUAACAUAUGGAAACUCCAUCAUCGAGGCUAACUUGGCGCAAGACAACUUAACCCUGGCCACUGACUCUGUCGUGGGCUACCCUUUCAGUUGCAUUCAGAAAACAACCGGCAGUUCUUUACCACCACAAGGUGUUUUAGGCCUUGGUCGUGGUCCGUUGUCAUUUGUAUCGCAAUCUAAGACACUUUACCAGUCCACAUUCUCAAGAACAUCGCUUUACUAUGUGAACUUGGUCGGAAUUAAAGUUGGCUCGAAGGUUGUCAACAUCCCCCCGAGUGCAAUAGCUUUCAACCCAAAUACCGGUGGUGGCACCAUCAUCGAUUCAGGCACGGUGUUCACCAGGCUGGUGGACGGAGCCUACACGGCGGUGAGAGAUGAGUUCAGAAGGCGGAUGGGAAAAGCCGUCGUAUCGACACUAGGCGGCUUCGACACUUGCUACACUGUCCCAAUCGGAAAACAAGUCCCGACAAUGACUUUCAUGUUCCCCGGACUCAACAUGUCGCUGCCACAAGACAACUUCCUCAUCCACAGCUCCUCCGGCUCUACCACCUGCCUCGCCAUGUCUUCCUCGCCGGCGCUCAACGUCAUCGCCAAUAUGCAGCAGCAGAACCACCGCGUUUUGUUCGACUUACCAAAUUCCAGGCUGGGAAUAUCACAGUAUAAAGAUACCAUGAAGAAUGUUAUAAUGAAAGACACUAUAUACGCUAGUCGUGUUUGUGGGGUCAUGGCGCAUGUUGAGAACAUUCCAGCAGAUAGAAAGAAUAAUCACAAGCUGAAAGGUGCAUCGGUUGGCUUCUCAGAUUUGUUUGGGGACAGGGAAUCGAGGGGGUUCACAUGCGAGCUCAUAGGGUGGGGCAUAGAGCAAUAA